AACAAUACAGCGCUCUUUGCUGUGAAAAUAUUUUACACCUGUGUCCGCCAUCUUUGUAAUACAGGUAGAGACCGGGACAGCAUUGCAGAGCUCACAAGUCCGACAGUUAAAAUAAUCCAAGAUGGCGGACGAGAGACUUCUAUACCGGCCAGAGUUCUACAUCCUGUGGGAUACCGGAUGUAAGGAGGAGGAACUUCCGGAAGAUUCAGUGUCUGUUUGUGUCGUAAGCAAAGAUGGCGGGAAGCAAGCUCAGACUAACAUAUUUCAUUCCGAGGCUGAAGAUGAACAAAAAGCAGAAGAAAAGUUCUUAGAAUGGAUUUCAAACGAACCGUUUGUUUUAGAGGGGGAUGAUAUUAAUAUGGAAUUAUACAUGAAUUUCUCACCACUGGUAUCGUUUUCGAAACCUUUCAGCGAGUUCAUACUUUCACUUCAUGAGCAAGAAAAGACCGUUCAUGUUUCUUUGAAAAUUGUGAAACUUCGCGGCGUGGAUGGAGAUGGCGACGAGGAGGAGGAUAACAGAGAGGGAUUACGUGAAAUGAAAAAGGCGGGAAUUUCUGUGUCAUCCGUCUGCUGCCGCGAUUGGCGGUAUCUCAAAGACAUUAUGGAGGAUGUAGAAGGAGGGAAAGUUCACGAGAAAAACUGUAAGAAAGUAAAGAAGCAAUUGAAAUACAUUUUCUCAAAUCCGAAAGAAGUCGAAACAAACACUGAGCUAGAAACAGCGGAAGUAGAAGUAAUGACAGAAUUGGAAACAGCGGAUGCAGAAGUCAUGACUGAUCCUAUUGAAGAACCGGAACCGGAGCCUGAACCGGAGCCUGAACCGGAACCGGAAGAGGACAGCAGCUCCAGUUCAUCAGAUGACGACUGAAUCGCCAAAAAAAAAUAUUAAUUUCCAAUACAAUUAACUUGUCAAAAUUCAAGAUGCGUGUGGCCCUAUAAACUUGACAGUUAAUACUUUGUGUGGCGACAUGUUUAAACGGUCAAGACAGGAGUUGUUUUCAUGCAUUCAACAUAUUUUCAGAAUGAUAAUUGUUCUUAUAUUGUAGUUUAAGUGAACGUUAUUGGUACAAUAUUUUUCUCCGGCUACUUUCCUUUGAUACACACAAACACAUCAAAAUCGGUUUUGUAUCCAAAGAUCUUAUACGGCCCUACAAGGAUUUUUUGGAAAAGAUGUUCGGAGUUAUCGUUAAUGUCCUUUUCCCCUUGAACUAUAAAUCUUGGAAUAUGUUACUGUAACGUCAAUCGGUUUAAAGUUAUUCUGCAGUUACCUCCCUUUGAACACAAAUUGCUUUUAUCUGUCUCAUAACCUAUGAUAAAGCUAGCUUGUAGGUAAUUUUGACAUUGAAAUAUAAUGGUCUUUCUUUUCAACUUCAAUUUUAUUUUACACGUUUAAAAAGCAGAGGGGCUGGACAUUAGACUUUGUCUGUAUGAUUUCUUCAGUCGUCUCCUAGUGACACCAGCCUAUGCCUACAUCAAUCCUCCUAGUGACACCAACAUAUGUCUAUAGCAAUCCUUCUAGUGACAAUAGCCUAUGCCUAUAGCAAUCCUUCUAGUGACACCAGCCUAUGCCUACAUCGAUCCUCCUAGUGACACUAACAUAUGCCUAUAUCAAUCCUCCUAGUGACAAUAGCCUAUACCUAUACCAGUCCUCUCGUGUCUAUGCCUAUGCCUAAAUCCGUUCUGAUCCUAUGAAAAGUUUUGACUUUAUAUAAAUAUUGGUCUGCACAAAGUUGUAUUUUUACCAUAUGUUAUAGUUCUAUAUAUUACAGCCAUCGUAAUAAAACUGUUCAGUAUGAUCAU